AAUGGUUUUCACCUUACGGAUUUUUCAUUUUAUAAAUUGAUUUGUUCAUCAAAGUAGCAAUGAACAUCUCGAAGUUCUUUCACUUCUUCAUAUUUUUUCUUGUCAUAUAUGCCUCAGAAGACUAUUGUCGACAUUCUUGGUGCAGUAACGAUAACAUCCUUAUUCGUUUCCCUUUUCAAGUUGAAGUAGAAGGUGAUCAAUAUCCUUAUUGUGGCUAUCCUGGUUUCAAAUUAACUUGUACAAAUGAUAGCAAAACAGUUUUAACACUCCCUUAUACAGGAGCCUUCUAUGUUCGCAAAAUCAACUAUCACAAACAGUACAUACAGCUUUAUGACCCUCAUGAUUGCCUUCCAAAUCGUCUUCUAAGCCUUAAUCUUUCAAGUUCACCUUUUACUGCCAAAUUUAUUACUAACUACACCCUCCUAAUAUGCUCAACUCGGAACAUAAGAUCACAAUUCAUACCUCUUGAAUGUCUUAGCAAUUCUACACAUUUUGUAUCAGCUAUUCCUUCGAUGAACUUCACCAAUUCAUUGCCUCAGUCUUGCUAUGUUAAUAGAAAGAUUUCAAUUCCAGUUGCAAGAUCAUAUGAUGAGAUUUUCAGAAACUACCUCAGCGAAGAUCUUCUACUAACAUGGUCUUCGCCUGAUUGUAGACAUUGUGAAUUACAAGAUGGCAUGUGCAAAUUUGAGAGCAGAAAUAGUGAUCGAGUUCGAUGUUUCUCCGAUCACCAAACGGGUGACUCAAAACAUGCCAUUGUGAUAUUUAGAAUCAUCAUAUUAUCCAUUGGGGGAGCAGCUAUGAUGUGUGCAAUUGGGAUGGGGUGCUUAACGCACUUCAAGCGCAGAAGGACAAUAUCAGCUGAACCUACUAUUGAUAUUACCAUUACCAGGAUGAGGAUGGGUCUGGAUGAGACAACAAUUGAGUCUUUCGACAAGAUUGUAUUAGGGGAGAGUCGAAGACUGCCUGGAGUGGGACAUAAUGAUGGAACAGGAUGUUCAAUAUGCCUCUCAGAGUACAACAGCAAGGACAUAAUCAGAUGCAUUCCUAAAUGCACACACUGUUUCCAUGUUCACUGCAUUGAUGAAUGGCUUCGCAUGAACUCUACGUGUCCGCUUUGCCGCAAUUCUCCUUCACCUUCUCAUUCUGUUCUUCAUUCAAUAUCAUGAAGUUUCACAUUAAAACCAAAUCUGGGAAAUGAUUCCCAGCUCCCAAAUCAUACUAUCAGAGGUUUGGGAUAUAUAUAAGUAUCUGGAUGACUUAAAAUAUUGAGUCUGUUCCGAUGAAUAUUUGAAGAAUUAAUUCAAAAUGGUUCUCAUUUUGUAGAAUAAACAUUAUAAUAUUAAAUAUUAGUUUAAAGUAAUUUGAUUAUAUUGUUUUAGAAAGUCUUGUAGGUAAUUUAGCAGGCAAACUUGUAAAAUAUUUUCAAGCCUGCAAAAUCCUUUUAUCACUUCUGCUCAAACAAUAAUUUAAGGACAAUUGACUGUAUUUCAAUAAUAGUACAUCAAAAUUUUCUACAAAAUCAUGUUAAAGUGCCACUUCCAUUAACCGCGCUAACUGGAAUUGAAUACUAAUUUACUAUCUAAUAAAAGCAAAAUUGAAAUUGUUCAUAAUGCAAAAUAAGACUUGAAUUAUACAUAGUCCAGCUUCCUUUGACGGUUUGGUAACAGUAUUGUAUUAUUGCAUCAAAUACAGCCAA